UCGAAUAUAUCAAUACAAACUAUUUCUCUCUAAUGUGCAUUAUUAAUAAUAAAUGAAAUAUUUGACAUGAAUUAAAAUUUAAUUAUAGCCUAAAUAGUUUUUUUUACUUUAUGACGCUUAAUGUUAAUGUCACUUUAACAUUUUAACGUUUUAAUUCCAUACGAGUUUCAUUCACGCUUUUAUUCCCCCUUUUUUUCUUUAUUAGUUUAACACGUUAUUUAGUGUGAUGGUUAAGGCGCGCGCGGCGGAAGUGAACUCCGGUGCCGCGUUACUGCUCGCGCGGCUCUUCACCUUGGCGCGUGACACGGGAGACACCGGUGUAGCGGGUUCUGGGUCCGAGUCUUGGGCGAUGAUGAUGAUGACCCAGCCGCCAGCGCCACUGUCCACCGUGCCGCGGAUUCCGCCCGAGGCGGGCAACCGGACGCGCUGCGCAGAGCACGUGCAGAGUUACGGAGGCGUGGAGCGCGCGCUAAUCGGCGGCGUCCUGACAGCGCUGACACUCGUGACGGCGUGCGGAAACCUGCUGGUGGUGGUGUCCGUGUGCUCGGUGAAGAAGCUGCGGCAACCCUCCAACUACCUGAUCGUGUCCCUCGCGCUGGCGGACCUCUCCGUGGCGCUCGCCGUCAUGCCGUUCGUCAGCGUCACUGAUCUGAUCGGCGGCCGCUGGAUCUUCGGCCAGUUCUUCUGCAACGUCUUCAUCGCCAUGGACGUCAUGUGCUGCACCGCGUCCAUCAUGACCCUCUGCGUCAUCAGCAUCGACAGGUACCUGGGCAUCACGAGGCCUUUAACGUACCCGGUGCGUCAGAACGGAUGGUGCAUGGCCAGGAUGGUUCUGUCGGUGUGGUUGCUCUCAGCCUCCAUCACACUGCCACCGCUGUUCGGGUGGGCUCAAAAUGUCAACGAUGAUAACCAGUGUCUAAUCAGCCAGGACUUUGGCUACACCAUCUACUCCACUGCCGUGGCUUUCUACAUCCCCAUGAGCGUCAUGCUGGUUAUGUACCGCCGUAUUUACCGCACUGCCAAGCUCAGCGCCGCCAAGCAUGCCAUUUCAGGCUUCCCACGCCCGAGCGAUGAAGGUGAUGAUGAUGACAGAAACAGCCGAGACGACGAUAGCGACUGCAUGACCAUGGCUAUGAAGAUGCACCGGCUCAGAGGUGCAAAGUGGAAUGAAGCCGAACGCAAGAGCGCCUCCAUCUUCAGGCGUGAGCAGAAGGCGGCGGCCACACUGGGCAUGGUGCUGGGCGCGUUUACUUUCUGCUGGCUGCCCUUCUUCGUGCUGUCGACACUGCGUCCGUUCGUGUGCGGCGUGCGCUGCAGCUGCGUGCCUCUGUGGAUAGAGAGAACACUGCUGUGGCUCGGCUAUGCCAACUCGCUCAUCAACCCAUUUAUCUAUGCCUUCUCCAACCGGGACCUGCGCACCGCCUACCGCAGCCUGCUUGCCUGCCGCUACCGCAACAUCAGCCGCAGGCUCUCUGCCGCCGGCAUGCACGAGGCGCUGAGACUCGGCCCGAAGUCAGAGGUCACGCUGUCCGUCUGAACAAGAUUUUAAAUCCUCUCAAGCUCUACUCAAGUCUUUAUGGAUGAUUGUAUUUUAGUGUAAGUUGUGAGGAUGUGAAAGGCCUGUGACCCUGCCUGAGGUCUGAGGUCAUGAUAGGUCAUAUGACACUCAGGCCUAAA